AUGGAUGCCAUAGUAAAAAAAGAAAUCUUUGGACCUGUUAAAAGUUACAUGUAUUCUAUAGAAUGGCAAAAAAGAGGUUUACCUCAUGCCCAUAUUCUUCUUUGGUUAGUUAACAAAAUCAGACCAGAUGAAAUUGAUAAAAUUAUAUGUGCAGAGUUACCAGAUCCUGAUCUUAACCCUAAAUUAUUUGAAAUAGUUAAACGGCAUAUGGUCCAUGGUCCUUGCGGAAAUUUAAAUAGAAAAGCUCCUUGCAUGAUCGUGCAUUUAGCCGUACAUCUUGAAAAUGGUCAACGUGUAUAUUUUAAUGAAAAAAAUGCAGCACAUAAAUCCAGCAAUCCUCCAACGACUACAUUACUUGAAUUUUUUAAGCUAUGUGCCAAUGACGAAUUUGCAAAAACACUAUUAUACGAAGAAAUUCCCAAUUAUUUUACAUGGGAUAGGAAAACUUUUAAAAAAAGAAAACGAGGCGUUCCUGUAGAAGAAUUUCCAGGAUACUUUAAAAGUAACGCAUUGGGACGUGUUUAUACAGUUCAUCCUUCUUCAACAGAUUGUUUUUAUUUACGUAUGUUACUUUUUCAUGUGAGAGGGCCAACGUCAUUCCAGGAUUUAAAAGCAUUUGAUGGAAUAACUUAUGCAAAUUAUAAAGAAGCAUGUAAUGCCAGAGGAUUGUUGGAAAAUGAUGAUCAAUGGAUUAACACUAUGCAAGAUGCUGUUUUGACUAAACAUCCUAGAAACAUUAGGGAGUUAUUUGCUCUAAUAAUAUGUUACUGUGAACCAAGUGAUUCGUUAAACUUAUAUGAACGAUUUAAACGAGAUAUGGCUGAGGAUAUUUUGCAUAACUGUCGCCGACAUUAUCCUGAUUUUGAUUAUAACGAAGAUAUUUUUAACGAAUGUUUAUUAUUAUUAAGUAAACAAGUACGUAUCAUGUCCAAUGGAAAAAAAUUAUCUAAUUUUGGAUUACCAGAACCAAAGGAGGAAAAUUUAGAAAUAUCAAUAGAUUAUCUUCGAGAAGUAAAUUAUGAUGUAAAUGCAAUGAAUGAAUAUGUCCGUAAAUUUGAACCAAUGUUGAAUGAAGAUCAGAAAAAUGUGUAUUCUGCUGUGUUGAAAAGUGUACUCCAAAAUGAAAAAUCUGUUUUCUAUUUAGAUGCUCCUGGUGGAACAGGCAAAACAUUUAUAAUGAAUUUAUUAUUAGCUAAAAUUCGGAGCGAAAAAGAAAUCGCUUUAGCAGUAGCAUCCUCCGGCAUUGCAGCUACAUUAUUAAAAGGAGGUCGUACUGUUCAUUCAACUUUCAAAGUUCCUACGAAUUUAGUAAAUUGUACAAGUUGUAACAUUUCUAAGCAAUCUGGACUUGCCAAACUAAUUAAAAACUGCAAACUGAUAAUCUGGGACGAAUGCUCAAUGUCUCAUAAAAAUAUAUUUCAAGCAAUAGAUACAACUCUUCGUGAUAUUAGAGAUGAUGAUACUUUAAUGGGUGGAAUUACAGUUUUAUUGGCAGGUGAUUUCCGACAAACAUUGCCGGAAAUGGUGUAUCAUUCUAUAGAUUCGGUAACACAAGAAGAAGAUGCCACAACAUAUCCUAUUGAAUUUUUAAAUUCCUUAUCACCUCCAGGAUUACCUCCAUACGAAUUAAAGCUGAAAAUUGGUGUUCCUAUAAUGCUAUUGCGUAACCUGGAUCCUCCCCGACUAUGUAAUGGCACACGUUUGAUUACAACCCGUCUUAUGCCAAAUUUGAUUGAAGCGACAAUUUUAACAGGAACUGCUGCUGGGAAACCUGACUGCAGAAUGAAACCGAACCCAUUGUUAAAAUGGCAGCAUAAUGAAACACAUCAUACUUGUAAAACCUACUUCGUCAGCUAA